CAGCCAAGAAAUCCUGUUCACUGAGUCUGCUGCAGGGCUCUGACUGUCCUCCACUGGCUCCAGGGCAGGCCAGGCUACGCGAUGUCUCUCAUGCCCACUGCCUUCCUGGGCCUGAUGUUCUGCCUGGGACCAGCGACCCAAGCACAAAAUGGGAACCUGCCCAGACCCUCCACCUCAGCCGAGCCAGGCUCUGUGAUCCCCUGGCGGAUGUCUGUGACCUUCGUGUGCCAGGGCCCUCCUGGGGCUGAGGUAUUCCGACUGGAGAAGAAUGGAGUCCCUAGUGACAUCAAUCCCUCACCAACAGAAGCAUGCUUCCAGACAGAAUUACACGGUGAGAAAUUGUGUCUGGUCCUGGCGGGUGUGAUCUUGUUAAUGCUGGUGGUGAUUCUGGCAGAAGCUUGGCACAGCAAAUGCAGAUCCCAACGUGGCCCUAUGGAAUGGAGACAAGAUGGUGCCAGUCAGAGGUUUUAGACUCCUGGUCCAGGAUGGAAACACGAUGGCAUCCGUGAGAAAGAUUAGACUCCAGGGGCAGCAGGGCAUCCCCAAGGACUCUGACGCUCAUAGCUGGAACCUAAAGGACAGCAGAGCCCUCCAUGGGCAGUGUGCUGGAGGUGCUCCCAGCGAAGACCCUGCCCCUGGGACAGUGAGGGGAGAGGGGGGAGAAGGGCCCAGACAGGAAGUUCUGGAAAGCGAUUGAUGUGCUGUAUUCCUUCUCUUGUCUGUCAGUCUCCAGUCUCUAAGGGUUUGCUUCCAUGUCUGAUUCUGAAAAUCACAACACCUCGUCCCAUACUUUCCUGAUUCUCUUUUCUCCUCCGAGUUUUAAAUCAUGGAUACCGUUUCCCUCUAGCCUCUAUCUUCCUCUCCUACUUCUUCCCUGCACUCAGUUUCAGCUUGGAGCUGCCAUAUCUACAGUCUUCAUUCUCUCUGUUUUGUGGUAUCAGAACUCAGGGGUGACCCUUUACAUAUCUGAGCUGAGGACUCCCAGGUUGGAAUCUUCCUGAGACCUUCCACCUCCUGGAGUCUAGCUGUAUGCUGAGUGUUGGGAACUCGACACUCAUGGGCCUAGUGUUCACAACUACUGACCCUCUGUCACCUUCCUUAACCAGGGAGACUCUGACUGUACCUUCCCUUGGCCUUGGCGCAUCCGUUCUCUUCUCUUCCUGGAAUGGUCUCUGUCCUUUUCUAAUCUAACAUUCAUCAUCUCACGUGUCUUGGAUCAAAAGCCUGGGGGAGCCUUUCUUGACAGCGCCUGUUAUCUCCUUGCCUUGUAUUAGCAGUAAAUGCUGCUGCUUUUAAAGUAAAUUGGAUCAAAGCUUCACUUUUUUCGUACAAAUAUACUUAUUUUGACUGCAUAAAAUUUAGAAAUGUUUAAACAGCAAAGAAUAUUACAAAUAACAAAACAAAUAUUAAAAAGGAAAAGAGACAAAGUAAGAAACAAAUACUUGCCACAUAUCAACUUCCCAAGAUUAAUCUAGAAAUUUAUGAAUAAACUCAUUAAAAUACUAAUGAAAUUCA